GUCUCUCCAAUUUCCUGUCUCCCCCUUUCCUCUCUCUCUGCCUCGAUCCCUCCUUUCUCUGUCUCCGGCCUCUAAGCCACCUGCGCCCUCGGCUUUCACGGCUUGGGUCCCAUCUCCGCGCCCCCUCCCCUCCCCCGCUCCAGCCCUUUGUUUCCCGGCGGAGUAUUUCCUGGGUUGCUGAGCGUCUCUGUCUCCGCAUCUCUCCUCGCCCCGCCUCCUCCCAGCCUAGAUCCGCCCCGCCCGCAGUCUCUCCUCCCCUUCCUCCCCGCGGCCCCUCUGCCCCAUAGGUGAUUGGGGACCCACCUUCUCCCCGGCUGCGGCCGGCCACCCUCUCCAGGCCCGGUCUCGGGCUCCCCGGGUGGCCGGCGCCCCCCGCCGCCGCCCCCGCCUGCUCCCGGGGAGGGGGUCAGGUGGGCGGGCACUAUUGUUGUAGGAGCCGGCGCCAGAUUCCUCAGCCGCGCUCGGGGUGGGACCGGCAGGGUUUGGGGGGGUGGGGUGGGGGGAGCGGUGAUUUGAGCUCCGAGCAGCUGGUCUUCGCGGCUCGCUCUCUCCUUCGCGCUCUCUCGCUCUCCGCCGCCGCCCGCAGGGCUGCGGGGCUCGGUGGCAUCUCUCGGGCGCGGCCCGCUGUCCUCGCCCCUGCCUCCGGGCUGCUCCCGCCCCCGGCGCCGCGCGCUCCCCCCAGCCCGGACUCCCCCAUGUAUGACGACUCCUACGUGCCCGGGUUUGAGGACUCGGAGGCGGGUUCAGCCGACUCCUAUACCAGCCGCCCAUCUCUGGACUCAGACGUCUCCCUGGAGGAGGACCGGGAGAGUGCCCGGCGGGAAGUGGAGAGCCAGGCUCAGCAGCAGCUUGAAAGGGCCAAGCACAAACCUGUGGCAUUUGCUGUGAGGACCAAUGUCAGCUACUGUGGCGUACUGGACGAGGAGUGCCCAGUCCAGGGCUCUGGAGUCAACUUUGAGGCCAAAGAUUUUCUGCAUAUUAAAGAGAAGUACAGCAAUGACUGGUGGAUCGGGAGGCUAGUGAAAGAGGGUGGGGACAUUGCCUUCAUCCCCAGCCCCCAGCGCCUGGAGAGCAUCCGGCUCAAGCAGGAGCAGAAGGCCAGGAGAUCUGGGAACCCCUCCAGCCUGAGUGACAUUGGCAACCGACGCUCCCCUCCGCCAUCUCUAGCCAAGCAGAAGCAAAAGCAGGCAGAACACGUUCCCCCAUAUGAUGUGGUGCCCUCCAUGCGGCCUGUGGUGUUGGUGGGACCCUCUCUGAAAGGUUAUGAGGUCACGGACAUGAUGCAGAAGGCUCUGUUCGACUUCCUCAAACAUAGAUUUGAUGGCAGGAUCUCCAUCACCCGCGUCACAGCUGACCUCUCACUGGCAAAGCGAUCUGUGCUCAACAAUCCUGGCAAGAGGACCAUCAUUGAGCGUUCCUCCGCCCGCUCCAGCAUUGCGGAAGUACAGAGUGAGAUCGAGCGCAUAUUCGAGCUGGCAAAAUCUCUGCAGCUGGUAGUGCUGGAUGCCGACACCAUCAACCACCCGGCACAGCUGGCCAAGACCUCCUUGGCCCCCAUCAUCGUUUUUGUCAAAGUAUCCUCACCAAAGGUCCUCCAGCGUCUCAUCCGCUCCCGGGGGAAGUCACAGAUGAAGCACCUGACUGUACAGAUGAUGGCAUAUGACAAGCUGGUUCAGUGCCCACCAGAGUCAUUUGAUGUGAUUCUGGAUGAGAACCAGCUGGAGGAUGCGUGUGAGCACCUGGCCGAAUACCUAGAGGUUUACUGGAGGGCCACCCACCACCCGGCCCCCGGCCCUGGACUUUUGGGCCCUCCCAGUGCCAUCCCCGGACUUCAGAACCAGCAGCUGCUGGGGGAGCGCGGCGAGGAGCACUCGCCGCUGGAGCGGGACAGCUUGAUGCCCUCAGACGAGGCCAGCGAGAGCUCCCGCCAAGCCUGGACAGGGUCUUCGCAGCGUAGCUCCCGCCACCUGGAGGAGGACUAUGCGGACGCCUACCAGGACCUGUACCAGCCUCACCGCCAACACACCUCGGGGCUGCCUAGUGCUAACGGGCACGACCCCCAAGACCGGCUCCUAGCCCAGGACUCGGAGCACAACCACAAUGACCGGAACUGGCAGCGCAACCGGCCCUGGCCCAAGGACAGCUACUGACAGCCUCCUGCCGCCCUACCCUGGCAGGCACAGGCACAGCUGGCUGGGGUGCCCACUCCAGGCAGGUUGGAGUUAGACUGGCGUUAGGCUGGCACUAGGCUCAGCCCCCACAACCCCCUGCCCGGCCCCAGCUCCAGGGCUGCCUGUGGUCCCAAGGUUCUGGGAGAAGCAGGGAGCCAGCCCCCUUACCUCCUGGGCACAGUGACCCCCGUAGGCUCCCAUUCCAGGUACUAGCUGCGUGUGCUGCACCCCCGGCACCUUCCUCUCCUGCACAAGAAGCUGCCCCACCGGCAGUGCCCUCAGGCCAGGAUCCCCUUAGCAGGGGCCUUCCCACCAGACUCAGGGAAGGGAUGCCCCCUCAGAGUGACAAGAGGGUGGGUGUGGGCAGCAUGGCAUGAGGAAGAAACGAGGCCCCUGAGCAGGCCCAGGUCCCGACAGUCAAGGCACUCAGGGGUUGUGCUUGGGGUCCGAGGUCCUCCACUCGCCUCACUGCCACACGUUAGAAGUGAGACAGACAAUCAGAGCCCGACAGGGUGGCACUCCCGUCCAUCAGCUGGAGUGGGGCAUCCAGACACAAGGCUGGAGCAGCAGGCAGGCUAGGCCGGGGCCAGAGGCCUCACAGCCGAAGCUCCUGCAGGGAAGGGUUCUCCUCGCCUGUCGGGAAAGCUUCUCAACAUGUGACGGGACCAGAGACCAGGAACACGGUCACCCCGAGUGGCAGACAGGAGCCAACCUGGACUGGGGGGUUGGGAAGGGAGAGUGUGUAUAGCAGAGGACGUAUGGAACAGCUACAGGGGCCUCCUCGCCCCGCUCAUUUUUCGCUCUUGCCUCCUGUCAUUUCUGUUCUUGGCCCUCAUGCCUCCUGGGGAACGUGGCCCCGACUUUAUUCGCUGAUUCAUAGCUGCUGCUUGUUAAGUUAGGGUUAGGUGGGGAGAGAUAGGACACAGUGGACAGCCCCCAGCGGCCCUGUCUACCCGACUACCCUUGCCUUAUGGCUCUAACGUGUGACCUACAGAGCAUGUUCCACAAGACCCCCACCUCACUGUCAUCUCUAAUAAACACCAUGCACAGUC